AUGAAUAUUAAUACGGAGUUCUCUUUAUUUGAUUUUGAUUUUCUUGAAUCAGUAAAGCAACAUCUUCUAAAUGAUUUCGAUUUUUUUGAAUAUUUUUCACCUAUGAAUUUAAGCAACGUCGAAUUAUCUAAUAAUCCUAACUCAAGUUUCGGUAGCUCCCCUUCAAUCGAAUCCCAUGAAAAGUCCGAAUCCGAGGUGGAAAUUAUAAAGGGGCCUUCUAUGGUGGUAGCGCGUGAGAAAAACACGUCGGGAGAUUGGAGGCGGUACAUAGGUGUGAGACGGAGGCAAUGGGGGAUGUUCACGACGGAGGUAAGAGAUCCGGAUAGGAAAGGCGCAAGGUUGUGGUUAGUAACUUAUGAGACCCCGGAGGAUGCAACUUUUAAAAUUCGGGGCUCAAAAGCUAGGGUCAAUUUUUCUCAUUUAAUCGACUCAAACAUGCCCGAGCCGGCAAGACUAACAGUGAGGCAUCGUACGCGCUCGCCCAAGUCAUCUGCUUUUUCAUUCACGUCAUUGGAAAAUGGGACAAGGAAAAUAGAUCUUAUAAAUUUGAUAGCCAAAGCCAAAGCCAAUUUAUUUGUCAUAAUUAGGGGUGUCAAAAAUGAACCCAAACAUAGGUAA